AUGAAUAAUUCUGACACAAAACAAUCAUCUUCAAAUGGAUUUGAGGAAUCUUUGUCACCAGAGGAGUAUCUAAACAAGAUAAAUGAAGUGAGGACAUUACUAGGGCCAUCGACCGAGAAGUCAUCUGAGUAUUGUUCAGAUGCUGCCAUUUCUCGGUAUUUAGCUGCGCGUAACGGCCAUGUCAAGAAAGCAACUAAAAUGCUUAAAGAAACCUUAAAAUGGAGGACUCACUACAAACCCGAUGAGAUUCGAUGGGAGGAGAUUGCACGAGAAGCUGAGACCGGGAAGAUAUACCGAGCUAAUUGUACCGAUAAGUAUGGAAGAACAGUUUUGGUUAUGAGACCAAGUUGCCAGAAUACGAAAUCUACUAAAGGGCAGAUUAGAUUCUUGGUGUACUGUAUGGAAAAUGCAAUCUUGAAUCUACCAGAUGACCAAGAACAAAUGGUUUGGCUAAUCGAAUUUCAAGGUUUCAACAUGUCGCAUAUAUCCCUGAAAGUGUCUCGAGAAACCGCUCAUGUGUUACAAGAACAUUACCCUGAACGCUUAGGCUUGGCCAUACUAUACAAUCCGCCUAAGAUAUUCGAACCAUUCUGGAAGAUUGUAAAACCGUUUCUCGAACCAAAGACCUGCAACAAGGUGAAAUUCGUCUACUCAGAUGAUAACCUUAGCAAGACGGUUCUCGAAGAUCUUUUCGAUAUGGAGCAGCUCGAAGUUGCGUUUGGUGGGAAAAACAGCGAUUCGAGUUUCAAUUUUGAGAAAUAUGCUGAGAGAAUGAGAGAAGAUGAUUUGAAGUUCUUUGGAAACACAACAGUGUCAUCAACCUCAGCUCAUUUCACCAACUCAGAUUCUGAAGUUUCAGACUCUGAAAAGAAGCAACUGGAGGACAAAGAGAUUAUCAAGAACGGAACUUCGGAAUCUCCUUUAGAUACAACUAAUCUUAAACCUGAAGCUUAG